AUGGCAGCCGGAAGCGAUGAUGUGGUGGCAGGCUUUCUUAGCCUUGGUGACCUAGGAGGACUACAGAAAUUUACACCGGCCAACUUCGACUGGACUCGCAUGAUUGGGGAUCCCCCGCAGCCUCCGCUAGUGAUGUUGGUCUGCGAGAGAUUCAUCCACCAAGUCCCAGCAAGUUCCUUCUUGAAGUGUGCGGAGUGGUUGAUUCGGUGUGGAGCAGACCCUGAGCAACCUGCGCCUGACACGGAGGAGAUUUCCUAUAGUGCGUGGAGCGAGAGCGAAUCGGACGCUACGAUGAUGACUAUUGACUUUGCAAAUAAGUCUGCGAUUGCAGCAGCUUUUGAAUGCAUACGUGCCAUGCGGGAAGGCAAAGGCGGUGCGGAUUGGUCCUCUGAUAUAAAAUGCAUGGAAGGCUUUGUCAAGCUGGCUGCACGUACAGCUGGCGCAAAGAGCCAAAAGGUAGCCGUGCAUCACACCGUCCUUGAUCUCUGGGAGACCUUUAGGAGCAUGACCUCCACACACGACUUGCUUUUUGAAACGGCGGAUGGCGAAGUAUCUGCCCAUGAGCAAAUACUUACGGCCGCAUCUCCCGUGCUGAAGGCCAUGCUGGAGUCCAUCAUGAAAGAGGGUUCAAGCAAGCGCAUUCAAAUCAAGGAUUCCUCGGAAUCUGGCGUCUCGCUCUUCCUAGAUAUGCUUUACACUGGCUCCACCUUCAACGACCCCGACUACAAGUCCAUGUUGGUGGCUUUGGAUCUUGCGCACCGAUGGCAGGUGGAUGGCAUUGUGGAUAUGCUGUUGGGCGCCCUACCCGACUUGAUCACAGUUGAUAGCUUCGUGGCCAUUGCGGAAUCUGCGGUUCUCAAGGGCCUGGAGUCACUGAAGCGGGCUUGCGCUAGCUAUGGGGCACACAACGAAGAGGUACAGAUCAUGUUGAAGAAUGGCACUCUUCCUAAAGCUGUGCAGAAGCUCCUGGGGGCAUCUGGGCAGGCGGAAGAAGACGCAGGCCGCAAGAAGAAACGAAGGGUUGAUGAAGUGGUGGAAGGUUUCCUCCUGCUUGGUGACCUGGAAGGAUUAAAGAAAUUCACACCAAGCGAUUAUGACUGGACAGGCCUACUCGGGAAGCUCAAGCUGCCUCCGCUGGUCUAUCUGGUUGGAAAGAAAUUCAUAUCCGCGUUGAGCGCAGAUUCCUUCCUGCAACUCGCUGAAUGGAUAAUACGUUCCGGUGCAGACCCUCAGCAGGCAGCGCCCAUCCAAUCCAAAAGCAUGCAUCGCGCGUGGGUCCAAUCGAAGCAAGAGGACACGCUAAUCUCAGUUGACUUAGCGGGGCAGUCCGCAAUAUCAGCGGCCUUCUUAUGCAUGCGUGCCAUGCGAGAAGGGAUGGGCGAUGCAGACUGGUCAGAACAAAUCACGGACAUGGAAAAGUUCCUCUCAGUGGCUACACGCCACUGGGUCUCAUUCAGCAAGACAGAUCAUGCGGCGCAGAAUAUGACCUCCACCCACAACUUGAUCUUUGAAACUGCAGGAAGGGAGGUAUCAGCUCAUGAGCACAUGCUUCUGCUCGCAUCUCCCAUGCUGAAUGCCAUGCUGCAGUCCAUAAUGAAGGAUAUACUUUACACGGGCUCCACCUGCAAUGACCCCGACUACAAGUCCAUGCUGACGGCACUGGAUUUGGCCCACCGAUGGCAGGUGAGUUCCAUUGUCGAUAUGCUGUUGGGCUCGCUGCCGAAAAUGAUCACCACCAACAGCUUCGUUGAAAUCGCGGAAGCUGCCGCGCUCAAAGGUUUAGAGCCGUUGCAGAAGGCGUGCCUUCGCUUUGCGGCCAAGGAUGAAACAACCCAAUCCAUGCUCAAGAAUGGCAGCCUCCCCACGGCCGUUCAGAAGCUCUUGGGAGUUUCAACGAUGGAAGAAGAUGAGCCCAACAGGAAGAAGAAGCGAGUUACCUUCUGA